UUUUGCUCCUACCAGACGUGGCCUUAUUUUGUUACACUGUCAUAAGACCCGGCUGACCCGCGUUUCUUCAAUUCUCAAUACUCCCCGAUCGCCACCAAUAAUCGCCGUCGUCAGCCACCUUCUCCCUCUCUAAUACACCCCAGAUCCGAAUUUUCACGCACAUAAUGUCUCAUAGCGAUACAAUUCCCUUACACUCCACGUCCCAAUCUGAUAUCGACGAGAUCGAGAACCUCAUCAACUCCCAUUCCACUUCCGUCCUCCCCGCCCGCCCCCCGUCCCCUCCACGCGCCUCCAUUCCCAUCUCUUCAGCCCCAAAUCCACCACCUACUUUCAUUCCAUCCAAUCUUCCCCCACCUACCAACCCCAAUACGACACUUGUCCCUCCAGUAUCCUCCGCUGUUCCUAAACCCCCUCUGCCGCCAAGCGCUUCCGGGCCGAGUGGCAAUAUUCCCGCAUCGGGGUUCGGAUCACCUCCAAACACGCUGACGGAACCCGUUUGGGAUACUGUGAAGCGGGAUCUGUCGAGGAUCGUGAGCAAUUUGAAGCUGGUUGUUUUUCCCAACCCAUUUAGGGAGGAUCCUGGCAAGGCUUUGAGGGAUUGGGAUCUAUGGGGGCCCUUCUUCUUCAUUGUGUUCCUUGGCCUCACUCUCUCCUGGUCCGCCUCCGUCAAGAAGGUACUUAUUCGCAUGCGUCGAUGGCGUUUAACGUUGUCAUGUUGUGAUCCUAUGCACACUUAAUUUUUUAUAUGAGCUCAUCGUAUACGCUUGAUGCUAAUGUUUGCCUUGCCUUGUGUAUGAGUAGUGAUGUAAAUCCUAUUAAGUGGGCUGGCGAAUAUUAAAUUGCAGUUGUUUAGAUACAUGGUCUAAACUAGGUUCGUGUAAAUUCUUGCUUCCGGUGGCAGUGUGUAUAAUAGGAAUUCAUGAAUGUUUUUUAGUCUAGCAUAAUUUAUUUUAUGGGGUAUUUUAGCAAAACAAUAGUAUACCAAGCUUAGUUCUCAGUGAAAUUGGUCAGCAAUGUUCGUUGCAAGAUCUGCUGGCUGAUCUAAAGCAAUUUUUGUUUACUCUUCCCUCUUUUGCCUUGCUCUACAAAAAUCACAUUAUUAUUAGGCAUGGGAGCUUUUUAGGUUGAGAAUAAAUUAAAUUGAUUGACAAGUCGGGUAGGUUUUUAUUUAUUGGGAAUUCUUCUAAUUAAAAAAUUUAUAUGGUCGAUGAUGUUACUGCAUUCGGUAAUUUUGUAAGCCAUCUCAAACAGAAGAAAUGCUUAUCGUGAAAGAGAAGAAAAAUAGUUUCUGCUAAAGGGCUAGAAGGAAUGGCAACCGCCCUGCCCAGCCCCAUUUACUGCCUCCAAAUUUUAUUUGUUUAUUAAUAUUAUUAACAGAAAUCUGGUGAUUGAGCUAAUGGGCUUGGGCAUUAAAAAGUUGGGCCAAAUAU